CGGAGCAGGACAUUCGGCGAUGAGCUAGACCGCAAGGGCCUCCCCUCCGUUGCGGGGAUUCGCAGUAAUAAGCAAGGGGAAACUUGGAAGGCAUUGUGGAAAUGAAACUCUCUGGGAAAUUGCAAAAGCUGAAGUGGAAAAAAGAGGAAUCAAUGGAAGUGAAGGUGAUGGAGCUGAAAUUGGAGAAAAAUCUGUUUUCUUCAUUGGCAGUAAAAAUGGGGAAGCAGGAAAAGUAUUUUUUAAUUGAAAACAGAGUCAUGCUGAUCUAUUAUGAAUGUCUUACUAUGUCAGGAAAGACUACUAUUAUUCUAAGGUGUCUUGACAGAGAUGAGCCACCAAAACCAACCUUAGCUUUGGAAUAUACAUAUGGAAGAAGAGCAAAAGGGCACAACACACCAAAAGAUAUCGCCCACUUUUGGGAACUGGGUGGAGGAACCUCUUUAUUGGACUUAAUCAGCGUCCCCAUCACAAGUGACACCUUACGGACGUUUUCUCUUGUUCUCGUUCUGGAUCUUUCAAAACCUAAUGAUCUUUGGCCCACCAUGGAAAAUCUCUUGCAAGCCACAAAAAGCCAUGUAGACAAAAUGAUAAUGAAACUGGGAAAGACAAAUCCUAAAGCAGCUUCUGAAAUGAGACAGAAGAUCUGGAAUAAUAUGCAGAAGGAUCAUCCUGAUCGUGAAUUAAUUGACCCAUUUCCAGUACCUCUGGUCAUAAUUGGAAGUAAAUAUGAUAUUUUUCAGGAUUUUGAGUCUGAGAAGAGAAAAGUAAUAUGCAAGACACUUCGAUUUGUUGCACAUUAUUAUGGAGCAUCAUUAAUGUUUACCAGUAAAUCAGAAGCUCUAUUACUAAAAAUACGUGGAGUUAUCAACCAGUUGGCAUUUGGCAUUGACAAAAGCAAAUCAAUAUGUGUGGAUCAGAAUAAACCACUGUUUAUCACAGCAGGAUUGGAUUCUUUCAGUCAAAUAGGAUCUCCUCCUGUUCCUGAAAAUGACAUUGGAAAGCUUCAUGCCCACUCACCAAUGGAGUUGUGGAAAAAAGUGUAUGAAAAGCUCUUUCCACCAAAGAGUAUUAACACACUGAAAAAUAUCAAGGACCCUGCAAGAGAUCCUCAGUAUGCUGAAAGUGAAGUUGAUGAGAUGAGAAUUCAGAAGGAUCAGGCACAUUUAACGAGAUAUCCUAUCAAGAAGCAGGACAAAACAUCACGUGUUGGGGAUAACCAGGAUUAUUUCCAAGGUGGGAUAGCCUUUAAGAAGCCGUUCUCAUCUGUAGAUUGGUGUACCUGCUAGCCAAGUUCAUUUUGAGUAAGUAUGAUUGCUGUGAUUAAAAAUGAUUUAUCCUGUGUUCUUCCAUAUCCACACGUAAAAUAUGUUGACUCCCAGCUUCAGAUAAACACAUUUACUACCCCAAGGGAGUGGUGUCUGAGCAGAUAGCAAGCCAUCUGCUUAUUGCAACGAACCAGGACUUCAUAAAUUAUUUGCAGUAUGUACGGUUCUCACACCCUUGAGAACAGAGUUUUCAGCAUGUUUCCAAGGAACCUCAGUCUUAAGCACAGGUUUCCUGCUGAGUGCUAUGGAAAAAGAGAUCCCUUUAAAUUUACAGUGAACAUUAUGAUCUCAGAAACAUCACUGACUUGGUGGGAAGAAACAGCCUGUUCCACAAGAGUAAUAGGAAUUGCUGUUAUAUACUUUGAUUUUCUUACACAUCACUGUCCAUUUUUGACUUGAGACACAAACUGUCACAUGUUGAAAGCCAUUGUGUUUUUCUAAGGUGCUAUCACUAACAUUUAAUAGCUUGAAGUCACGUGUGAUGUCAGUUUUCCAAAUGUUUCUGAGCUAGAAUGAAAUUCAUCUGCAUAUGAAUAGUAGAAAAUGUUUCCACUUAUGCUGUACACCCAUAUCUUUAGUAAGUUGAAAUCAGUGAUUUCAAAAGAGGUUCCUGUGGGACUCUCUUUGAACUACUGUAAUAGAUUAUCAUCUCCAGAAUUGUCUAUAACUGAUGUGACAUAUAUAAUCUGUAAGACAUUGUGUAACUAUUACACCAUAAUCAUCCAUGUCAAAGACCUUUUAUAAAAAUUGACAAUACUAGUCUGAUAAUUUA